UGGUGAUACGUAAACAUUGUGGUGCUAACAAAAAAUGGACGAAGAAAGCCAGCAGCUGAUUGUGGACUGUUUCUUAAGAACAAUUGUUGAUCCAAGAUCCACCAAUGCACCCAUCGAUCCACCACCCACCAAGCAGCCAGUCAAGGUGGAGCUGCAAGUGUUACGGCUUAAGGAUGAAUCACAAACCCUCAUCAUGGAAACGCUCCGGGCCAUCCAUGGGGAGUCCUUCCAGUUGGGCGACAUUUCCAAGUACGAGGAUAAGGGAGGCCGCAUGAAGAAAGGAUUUUGGCAGGAUCGGGGCAAUCUGGUCAUACAGGGUGGUGUUGAUUUCUCCAAUAUCCCACGCACGGGUAAUAGCAAUGAGGACAAGUUUCGGAUGUAUGCCGUAAUGAAGCUACACAGCUACGCUUUCCACCGGUCUCACUGUGAGGAAGCGCUCGAUCACCAUAAUGGGGAUGUAGAUAGUGCGUUAGCGUUGUUAUUUUCCAAAUAUUUUCCUCCACCAAAUGAUCUUCAACCACCGGCGGAGGAUCACAAUGAAGAUGAGCUAAACGCACUACGUGCAGAUGAACGCGAAGUGCUGGAAUCGAUUUACGACAAGCUAUUCGUAGAAAAGGAGCACAAUCGUGUGUGGCAGCUAAAGUUUAAGAUCGAUCAUCUGCUAACGCACAGCCCGUCGGAGAUGAAGAAACAGGCGGAACGGGAAGCACAGCAGGCAGAGGAAGAAAAGCGCCGAACGUUGGAAGCGUUGGCAAAGAAGAAAAAAGCGAAGCGUGAAAAAUGUUGGAACUUUGCGAAGGGCAAAUGUCGGUACGGCAAUCGGUGCCACUAUUCGCACGAACUCGAAGAGUUGGACAGCGAAGAAAAGAAGAACAAUAAAAAGGUGGAUAAAACGCCGGAAGAGGAUCCUAAUUGGUUCUUUCUGGAGAUCCGGUUUCCACCCGGGAAUCGAUAUCCGUUCGAGCGGCCAAUACUGUUGCUAAAAACUACCUGUUCCGAUAUUCCGGAACAGCUGUGCCUUAGAGUGAACCGACGGUUGGUGCAGGAGUGUAUCGAGCUGACCAACGAUGGUAUGCCGUGCAUCUAUACGGUGGCGGAUCUGCUGCAGAAUGAUGAGGAAAUAGGACGCUUUAUCGAACAGGAUCGGUACCAAUUUCCCGAUGGUAGAAGAUCACUGUUUUACGUUCCGGAACGAGACGCGAUCGAUGGUGGGACAGGGGACAGUUUACCUACGCACCAUCAGCGUGGUGUAACCGGUCGUCAUACCGGGUCGAAAGUGAACCCGGAACAGGUGAUGAAAGAGGACCGCAACAUAGUGCGAAAGUUUAUGGACAAACAAACAAACGAAGCGUACAAAGAGAUGCUAAAAAACCGACGAAAGCUUCCGGCAUGGACAAAGAUGGCGGAAAUUAUAAGUCUAAUGGAAUCGCACCAGAUUCUCGUAAUCAGUGGAGAAACCGGAUGCGGCAAGUCAACACAAGUACCUCAAUUUCUGCUCGACGAUUGGUUACUACAAUCGUCCAAGGUGCAGUCAAAGGAUCCGCUUCGGCAUGUGGAAAUUAUCUGCACCCAGCCACGCCGUCUGUCCGCAAUCGGUGUAGCGGAACGUGUUGCAGAAGAGCGAAACGAAAAGAUAGGCAACACGGUCGGUUAUCAGAUACGGUUGGAGAACAAAAUUUCGUCCUCCACACGGCUUACGUUCUGUACUACCGGUAUCCUGCUGCGGCGGUUACAGUCCGACCCGAUGCUUGCCAGCGUGACGCACAUUAUCGUCGAUGAGGUGCACGAGCGUAGUGAAGAGUCCGACUUUUUGCUGCUAAUACUGAAAGAGCUGCUGGGCAAACGUACGGACCUGAAAGUAAUUCUGAUGUCGGCGACACUGAACUCGAACCUGUUUUCGAGCUAUUUUGGUGAUAUACCUGUGCUGGAUAUACCGGGACGCACGUUUCCGGUGGAACAGUUGUUCCUGGAGGAUAUACUAGAUAGGAGUGGAUUUGUGCUGGAACCGGACUCGCAGUUUUGUCGCAAGUUGCGCAAGGGCGAGCAAGAGCAAUUGCUGCAGGAACUGGAGUAUUCGGAUGUGAAGGCAGCAAAUGCGGCUCCGGCAAAAACGAUUCGUGACGAGAAUUUGAAAAUGGCCGACAUGUUUGCACGAUACGCAGACUAUUCGAAGCAAACGUGUAAAGCACUAUAUUUGAUGGAUCCGCUACGCAUCAAUCCCGAGCUGAUCGAGCACGUGCUCACCUACAUCGUGGACGAUACUUCACACCAUUGGCCGAAAGAAGGUUCGAUACUAAUCUUCCUGCCCGGUCUGGCGGAAAUACAAACCGUACAUGAAUCACUCGCCGAAAGCAAACUGUUUGGUGCCCGGGGCGAUCGGUUCGUACUGAUUCCACUCCACUCGAUGCUUACGAACGAAGAGCAAGCACUCGUUUUCCGUAAACCACCGAAAGGGAAAAGGAAAAUAGUGCUCAGCACAAACAUUGCCGAAACGUCCGUUACGAUCGACGAUUGUGUGUUUGUCAUUGACUGUGGCCAAAUGAAGGAGAAGCGCUUCGACUCCAACCGUAACAUGGAAUCGCUCGAGAUGGUGUGGGUAUCGCGAGCCAAUGCGUUGCAGCGUAAAGGCCGAGCCGGACGUGUAAUGCCCGGCGUUUGCAUACACCUAUAUACACGGCCCCGAUUUUCGCAUCACAUCCUUGGUCAACCCGUUCCGGAAAUUCAUCGUAUACCGCUCGAACCGUUACUUUUACGUGUGAAAACUCUUUCCACGUUUGAGGAACGUUCGGUGAACGAUGUGCUCGGUGCCCUCAUCGAACCACCGAGCAUGGAAAACAUUCAGGCAGCGAAAAAGCGUCUCGUCGAUGUUGGUGCACUCGAUUUGGAGGAACAAUUGACACCGCUCGGGCACCAUUUGUCGGCACUUCCGGUGGAUGUGCGGAUAGGGAAGUUGAUGCUGUUCGGCGCCAUAUUCCAGUGUCUCGAUAGUGUCUUGACGAUGGCGGCAAUCCUUAGCUACAAAAGCCCGUUUGUAUCACCUUUUGGCAAGCGUGACGAGGCGGACAAUCGAAAGCGACAGUUUGCGAUCGGCAACAGUGAUCAUCUGACAAUGCUGAAUGCGUACCGCCGUUGGAUGGAAGCGGCGCAAAAAAGUCGUUACGCUGGACAGUGCUUUGCGGAGCAAAACUAUCUUUCCGGUAAAACGUUGGCCACGAUCGGAGAAAUGAAGUACCAAUUUUUGGAACUGCUCGUUUCGAUCGGUUUCGUACCGAUCGAUUUGUCCGGACGCAGCCGUGCGAAACGGCAGCAGUUGGACGAUCUACAGCAGGUAACAGGACCGGAGAUUAAUAUGAACGGUUCGAACAACCGACUGCUGGCAGCCAUCUUGUGUGCUGCCCUCUAUCCGAAUGUGGUGAAAAUUCUCACACCUGAAAAAAGCUUCGUUACCGGUGCGGUAGGAGCUGUGCCGCGUUUACCACAAGCAUCCGAUUUGCGAUUCAAAACUCAGGAGGACGGUUACGUCGCGCUUCACCCAUCGUCGGUGAACGCUAGCGUAGGACACUUUGGUUCACCGUUUCUAGUGUACCAGGAAAAAAUGAAAACGUCCAGGAUUUUCAUCCGCGAAACGACCAUGGUACCGCUACUGCCGAUGGUACUGUUUUCGGGCAGCGAUCUCCAGAUCGAACUACAUGGUGGCGAUUUCGUGAUACUGCUGGAAGGUGGCUGGUUGAUGCUGCAGGCCGCCACACAUCAGGUUGCGGAAAUGAUGAAGUUCCUGCGGUUGGAGUUGGCCAAAAUGUUGGAGCUGAAAAUUAGCGAUCCGCUGCUGAAUUUGAUGAACCACGAGCAUGGCAAGCGGAUCAUCGAUACAAUUGUGCACCUCAUUAGCAAGGAGUAA